AUGUCCUUCUUCGAGGCGCUGUGGGAUAGUGUGUUUCAGCCCGGCGUGCCACCGGUGCUGGUGGGCGCGACGCACGUGUCGUUCACGCUGCUGCUGGCACUACUGCUGGCGCUGCUGUGGACGACGCGCAACCUGCACUUCAUGGCGCUGUCUGUGAUCGCGGCCUUCCUGUGGGCCACGGUGAGCUGGUUCGUGCGCGAGCUGGCGCGCGCAGAGGCGAAGGCCGCGCCUACGGCGGCCGCGGACGAGGCGGUGGCGACGGGCUCGUGGGCCGCGCCCCGGACGGCCGCGCGCCUGCGCUAG